UUCGUUCACCCUCGAGUGGUUGAGGAAGCUCGUCUAGCUACCUUCGGGUCAAGCUCUCCUAUCUCUAUUACCCUUGAAGAUAACAAGACGCAGUGCUUCUCUGAUCAGACGGUCCCUGACCUCCACUUUUCCCUCACCUUCCAGCCACCGGAUAGUACCCAGGUGCAUUGGCGCUACUAUUCCUCUCCAUCCUUAGAUAUGUUGGAGACUGGGUAUGACUUUAUCCUUGGCACUCCCUGGUCUUACCGGUCCUGUGGCAUAGAGGCGGAAUGGGCGACCGAGACACUCGUUCUCGAAACGAAGUGUGGUCAGACCCAUCGAGUCCCCUUCAUUGGAACCACGGUCGACACUCCUCCCGACCUACCUCCCCAGGACCCUUGUUGCUCUGGGUCCUACCCAGACAUCGCCUUCACUUCUCCUCGUCAGUUUGCUCACUUCAUACCACAGGAGGACGUCACAUUCUACUUCGUGAACGUCAUGGACCUUCUUCGCUAUGAUCCACUUUGUCCCGAGGUUGAGCUCAUUUCUCUGGAGCCCAAUCCCCCUGACCCUUCCUCCAUCUUUGCGGCUCCCAUCUCUACAUCCACCCCUCAGCCUGUGGAUACCACCACUCCAUCCCAGGUCCCUACAUUGAUUGUUGAGCCCACCCAUACGUCUCAUGCCGACGCAGACGUCGAGGAACUCAUGUGGUUCACGACCGACUUAGAGCCCGCCGUUCGCGAUUUGAUUCGAGAGUACUGCGACGUUUCCCCCCCGUAUUUCUCAUACAGCGGGAUCCCUCUGAUGCACGAUGUUGAGCAUUCCAUCCAACUCGUGCCUCACUAUCGUGUCUACCAUCAUGCACUCUGCCGACUUUCGAUUCCAGAGGCGACGGAGCUCAAGCGUCAGCUUGAGGAGCUCCUUCGACUGGGUUUCAUUAAACCCAGUAACUCCUCUUGGGGUGCACUCGUCCUCUUUGCUCGCAAAGCGGACGGAACUCUUCGCCUCUGCAUUGACUACCGCAGACUUAACCACAUUGUCAGCUGGAUAGAAGAGGAGCACCAUGUUGUCUGCCCAGGGGAUGACAGUACUGCGGCUGGUGUGAACACAAAAGUACUGUCUAUGGCUUUUACGGGAAGACGAGCACAACUCCAGCCCUCUCCACAGAAUUAUGUCUGACAUGGACCUGAAUGCUCGUGCGUACACACUGCAUCUCCCAGGUCAUUUCAGUGCUGCUACCUUUGCAGAUAACUCUUGGACUCUCUGGGAAGAUGGCAGUAGGGUGCACUCAGUGGGAAAUAUUACCUGUUAUUACCACCAAGUGGCAUAAUCCCACUCGCUCUGGCUGGUCAGUGAUUUGCUUGUGGAUCUGCAGUCGCAAGCUCUACAGCCUUUGGAGGACAAUCUGGCUGACCCUCCUGUGAGGAUCCACGCCAUCGGCCACUGCAGGAAGGACCCUGCCUGCCCUAAGUGAAGGUGCCCAUGCAAAUUGAUGCCAGCCCUACGUGAAGAACAGCCUGGGAAGGGCACCGGGUGACUGGCCAGACGCCAGCACCUGUAACUACCUGGUAGGCCCAGCCUCCGAGUUAGUUACAGAGACCAGGCCCUGCUCGUAGUCCCAAUUGGCUCAGGCAUUGCCUAUUGGGCCUGCAGGCGGCGUCCAGUCCAGGCCACCCAGCCCAGAUACAUUUGGGAAUUUGCUGCUAGCAGCAGCACUGGUGGAGAUACAGCGGGAGCAACGCCCGAGGGAAGAACGAGAGCAGCUGUGGUGGCUGUGUGUGUAGCAUCAGCAAUAACUGGGCGCUAGAAGCUGGGUGGCAGAGUGUGGAGGUCUGGGAAGAAGGAAGGACUGGCGGUUUGUGCCUGGUGUUGUUGGAGGAAGCCUGUAUGAGCAGAGUCUUCAAGCAGCAUUGGGCGGGUGACGCGUGGACAGAGAGUCGGCUUGUAGAUAGGCUAACAUGGUAGAGGUAGUAGGAAGUAGAUAGAGCGGUCAGGGUUACCACAUUGUUGUUGUUUUGAUGGUUGAAGGUUGAUGUGGGCUUUCUUUAUCAAGACAGUUCGGUGUAUUGUUUGCUUCUAAUGUGGUGUGCAUUCCGCUUCGAUUUUUUGCUUUCAACUUGGCUCAAUCAUGUUUGGUCUUCUAUGAGACUUCACAAUCUGGUUUAUGAUGUUCUCAUUGCAAGGUUAUUUGCAAUUUGUUAUCAGAGCUGGUUUGUGGACACUUGCCACACGAGUCUGGUGAGACUGGUCGUACGGUGCCCGCUGUAAUGAGGGCAGUGUGAUGGACAUUUUUUGCUGGUCGACUGCACAUGCGCGAUGUAGAACAUAGAACAUAUAUGGUGAGGUGAUGAUUGGGAAUGUGUUGCAUGUCGUGAGAGUAUCAUGGUGGUUGCCAUUGCUUCAGGAGGCAUUUGCAGUUUAUUGUCGGUGGUUCUUGAGCUUUGACUGGUCAUUAAUCGGCACAUCUGCAAGGGACCUGACUGUCCACAACUUGCCAGAGUGUAUCACAUUGCAUGCCAAGAUAUCAUGAAGCUUCAUACAAAGCAAAGCCGAGAUGGGAUGAGAACCAAGAUAGCGCAGCUUAUAUUAUCACAACACCAUUAUAAAGAGUAUCUCGAGUUCAAGAGUAAAGUGCCGAAUAGUUU